CCUCUGCCCCCUCCUCUGGGCUUUAUUGUCCUGUUCUCCCAAAAUCACAACAGCUGCAAAAACAAGUGGAGCAGAAAGAUUCGGGGACCGAGGAGCAUUAACCCUUCAUCCUGCCUGGGCAUCACCAGGGCCCGGGGUACAGGGCAUCAUGGCACUGCCAGCCUGGGAAUUCUGCAUGUAAUGGAAUGGAAGCUUAUGGAUGUAGCAGAGCUGGAUUUGGCAUUUAACUGUCUAUCAUGAUCGGCAGAUAGCACCGCACGUGAUGACCAUGGCUCUCCGCAAGAGGAGUCGUCAUGCCUUGGGGUUCCUGUGCUGCUUCGGGAGCAGCGAACACCCGGAGAUUAACCUGAAGGACAAUAAUCCGCUCCAGUUUCUGGAGUUCUCAGGGCCGAUCCCGUCACCGGAAGAGCUGAACGCCAGGUUCUCCGAGCUGGUGGAUGAGUUGGAUCUCACAGACAAGAACAGGGAGGCUAUGUUUGCCCUCCCCCCGGAGAAGAAGUGGCAGAUUUAUUGCAGCAAGAAAAAGGAACAAGAAGAUCCGAAUAAGUUGGCUACUAGCUGGCCAGACUAUUACAUCGACCGCAUCAACUCCAUGGCAGCCAUGCAGACUCUUUACGCCUUUGAUGAAGAAGAUACCGAGAUGAGGAAUAAGAUUGUAGAAGACUUGAAGACAGCGCUCCGGACCCAGCCCAUGAGGUUUGUGACCAGGUUCAUAGAGCUGGACGGACUGACGUGCCUCUUGAACUUCCUGAAGAGCAUGGACUAUGACACGUUGGAGAGCCGCAUACACACAUCCGUUAUAGGAUGUAUCAAGGCUCUGAUGAACAACUCGCAGGGACGGGCUCACGUAUUGGCGCAUCCAGAGAGCAUCAACAUCAUCUCCCAGAGUUUACGGACUGAGAACAUCAAAACCAAGAUCGCCGUCCUGGAGAUACUGGGAGCGGUCUGCCUGGUGCCCGACGGGCAUAAGAAAGUCCUGCAAGCCAUGAUCCACUACCAGGUGUACUCUGCCGAACGCACGCGGUUUCAGACGCUGCUAAAUGAACUAGACAGGAGUAUGGGGAGAUACAGAGAUGAAGUGAACCUAAAGACUGCCAUCAUGUCUUUCAUCAAUGCUGUUCUCAAUGCUGGUGCAGGAGAGGAUAAUCUUGAGUUCCGGUUGCAUCUUAGAUAUGAGUUCCUCAUGUUGGGGAUCCAGCCAGUUAUCGAGAAGCUGAGACAACACGAGAACGCCACCCUGGACAGGCAUCUGGACUUCUUUGAGAUGGUGCGGAAUGAAGACGAGGUGGAGUUGGCCAAGAGGUUUGACACGGAUCACAUCGACACCAAAAGCGCCACGGAGAUGUUUGAGCUAAUAAAGAAGAAGCUGAAGCUGACGGAUGGCUACCCCUACCUGCUGUCUAUCCUCCAGCACUGCCUGCAGAUGCCAUAUAAACGUAACGGCAGUAACCUCCAGCAGUGGCAGCUCCUGGACCGGAUCUUACAGCAGAUCGUUCUGCAGGAUGAGAAAGGUGAAGAUCCCGAUGUGACUGCGCUGGAGAACUUCAACGUCAAGAACAUCAUUAAGAUGUUAGUGAAUGAGAAUGAGGUCAAGCAAUGGCGAGAACAGGCGGAGAAGUUCAGGAAAGAGCACACGGAACUGUGCAGCCGACUGGAGAAGAAGGAGCGGGAAUGUGAUACCAAGACGCAGGAGAAGGAGGACAUGAUGAAGACCUUAAACAAGAUGAAGGACAAGCUGCAGAAGGAGUCGGCAGAGCUGCGCCUGGCGCGGGAUCACAUGACGGAGCUGAUGGCUCAACUGAGCGAGCACUCGACUGGGGGUCCUCUGUCCUUCCCGCUCCCCCCACCUCCUCCUCCUCCGGGGGGACCCGUGUCACUCCCACCACCUUUACCUGAGCACUUGCCUCCUCCUCCUCCUCCUCUGCAGUCGUUCUCUUGUUUUCCCCCAGCUCCUCCUCCUCCCCCUCCGCCUGGAGGACCCCCGCCUCCCCCCGGAGCGCCCCCGUUCUUCGGUAUGGGAAUGGCGCCACCACCUCUCCAGUCUUUCUCCUAUGGAACCAACUUGAGGAAGAAGUCCAUCCCCCAACCAUCGCACCCGCUCAAGUCUUUUAACUGGUCCAAACUGAACGAGGACAAAAUUAAUGAAACCAUCUGGAAUGAUAUUGAUGAUCUCCGAGCCUUUAAAAUUUUGGAUCUGGAGGAAUUUGAAAGCAUGUUCUCCGCCUAUCAGAGACACCAGGAUCUGCUAACUAACUCCUCUCUGCGACAGAAAGAAGUGGAUUCCAUGGAGGAUCUUUACCUGUCCACCCGCAAGGUGAAGGAGCUGUCCGUGAUCGAUGGGCGCCGGGCGCAGAACUGCAUCAUCCUCCUGUCCAAGUUGAAGUUAUCCAAUGAGGAGAUCAAGAAAGCCAUAAUGGAGAUGGAUGAACAAGAAGAUCUCCCGAAGGAUAUGCUGGAGCAGUUGUUGAAAUUCAUCCCGGAAAAGAGUGACAUUGACCUUCUGGAGGAACACAAGCACGAGAUCGAGCGCAUGGCGCGGGCCGACCGCUUCCUGUAUGAGAUGAGCAGGAUCGACCACUAUCAGCAGCGGCUUCAGGCUUUGUUCUUCAAGAAGAAGUUUCCAGAACGAUUAGCAGAGGCGAAGCCAAAGGUCGAAGCCCUGCUCCUGGCGUGCAAGGAACUGACUAGAAGCAAGAGAUUGAAACAGCUACUUGAAGUCGUCUUGGCCUUUGGAAACUACAUGAAUAAGGGCCAGAGAGGGAACGCUUUUGGAUUCAAAGUUUCCAGUCUGAACAAGAUCAUCGAUACAAAAUCCAGUAUAGACAGAAACAUCACCCUUUUGCACUACUUAAUAAUGAUAUUUGAGAAGACGUACCCCGACAUCCUCAACAUCCAGGAGGAGCUGGAGCACCUCUCCGAGGCGGCUAAGGUCAAUUUGGUGGAGUUGGAGAAGGAAGUGCACAAUAUUAAGAACGGGCUGAGAGCCGUGGAGGCCGAACUGGAUUACCAGCGGCGACAUUACAGGGACCCAGAGGACCGCUUUGUGACAGUCAUGGGGGACUUCAUCACGGUGGCCAGCUUCAGCUUCUCCGAGCUUGAGGACCUUCUGAGCGAGGCCCGAGAUAAGUUUUCCAAAGCAAUGAAACAUUUUGGAGAAUCCGAGGGUAAAAUGCAGCCGGAUGAGUUUUUCGGCAUUUUCGAUCUUUUCCUGCAGUCGUUUUCCGAGGCCAAACAAGAUUUGGAGAAUAUGAGAAAAAAGAAGGAAGAGGAAGAACGCCGGGCUCGGAUGGAAGCCAUGCUUAAGGAUCAGCGGGAGAGGGAGCGGCGGCUUAAGAAAUCCAAGGCCGGCAGUAUAUCGGAAGAAGGGGGCGAGUUUGACGAUUUGGUGUCGGCCUUAAGAUCGGGAGAAGUCUUCGAUAAGGACAUAUCCAAACUUAAGAGGAACCGGAAACGCUCUGGGAACCAACUUCUGGACACUAGCAGAGAGCGGGCGGUGACGAAGCUAAAUUAUUAGGAACGUGCGGUAGAGACGUUGGGUGGUGGUAAGGACCAUGGCGGUUGGAGGACGACUCGCGCUCACCGGACGCUGCUCUGCGCAACCAAGGAACUUUACCUCUGAGUGACUGAGAUCAUUCCCGCCAUAGCUUGAUGGUCAAGCUUAUAGAAGUGCCUCAGGGGAGAAUCAGAACGGACCAGGUCCACGUCUACAAGACCUGCGGGAGGCGCCACUCCUAGUACCGGCUCGCCUGCCGCAGUCACGCAUUACAAGUGCCAAAUAUUUUAAAACAUUUUUUUUGCACUGUCUUAAACCUUCAUAAGUAUUGGUAUCUUGUACAGUAUCAACCAGACGACUACAAAGUCCCCAAAAAACAUUACGCCCAAACUGGGGCCAAAAAUAGAUGGAAACUAAAGACAUCCAGUUUUUUUUUUUUACUCUGCAAGAAAUAGUCCGAACGGGUCUGGUAUCCCCCCCCCCCCCCUUUCCUCCUCCUGUCAUGUACGGGACCUCGCACAAACCUACUCUCUGUAAUUCCAGGACCGUCUCCAAGAUCUAUAAACCACUGUACGAUUGCAACAUGUUGUGCACUUUUUACCUUUCUUCAUGUGUUGCCAUGGUUAGUAUUGGCUCCCGGGACGCUGACACGCGAAGGGCCAACUUGGAAACAUUUCAGCUGCCUCAACAAAAGCACAAACGUUUCGUAACCGUAAAAACAAAAAAAAAUACAAAAAACAAAACGCAUCGUCAGGUUCUCCAACCCAACGUUCUCCCGGCCAGAUAUCCUUGAGCCGACGCGUGGAAGAGCCAAAAAUAGUCUUGUCGAGGAACAUCGGGAGCCUUAUUGGAAACAGAGGUUUAAGGGGAGAACCGAGAGGAGUGAAGGUCUCGGUCGUGAUAUUAGACUGUUGUUGACCUCAAGUUGACGUUCCGGAAGAAGGACAUGGUUAGAUGAAGAACACCGGUGGACUGUUUGGAGGUUCUGAUGGAAAGUUCUUGUCUGUGAGAAGUCUAGAACCCAUGGGGGUGCCACCAUAUUUGGAAAGAAGAACCAAACAAAAGUUGCAAAUAUUACGAUGUUUAGAUCAGUGGUCUCAAAUUGUGGCCCUCCAGAUGUUGCAUAACUUCAACUCCCAGCAUGCCCGGACAGCCAAAUACCUGUCUGCCUCCUCCAGAGGAUCCACACUGAUCAAGAAAGGUAUAUUAAGGAUUCCCUUUUGCAAAACUUCAACUCCCAUCAUGCCCGGACAGCCGUUGGCUGUCCGGGCAUGCUGGGAGUUGAAGUUUUGCAGCAUCUGGAGGGCCGCAGUUUGAGACCACUGGUUUAGAUGGAGAAAUAUCUAGGUAAAAUCUGGAUAUUCUCAACUUGGAUGAAAAUGGAGACUUCUCGUCUUGGAUAAGUUUCUUGAGCAUGAGACGCUACAGAACUGUAAUGGUGGUUGAAGACUUAGAUCUACUGGAGAGUUGUCUUCAGUGGUGAUCGUAGACUUGGGUCUACUUGAGAAUCGUCUUCAAUGGUGGUUGUAGACUUGGAUCUACUGCAGAGUUGUCAUCAAUGGCGGACAAAGACUUGGAUCUAUUAGAGAAUCGUCUUUAAUGGUGGUUGUAGACUGGGAUCUACUGGAGAGUUGUCGUCAAUGGUGGACGAAGACUUGGAUCUACUGGAGAAUUGUCUUUAAUGUUGAUCGUAGACUUGGAUCUACUGGAGAGUUGUCUUCGAUGGUGGUCAUAGAUGGGUUCUACUGGAGAGUUGUCUUCAAUGGUGGACGAAGACUUGGAUCUACUGGAGAAUCGUCUUUAAUGUUGAUCGUAGACUUGGAUCUACUGGAGAGUUGUCUUCGAUGGUGGUCAUAGAUGGGAUCUACUGGAGAGUUGUCUUCAAUGGUGGACGAAGACUUGGAUCUACUGGAGAGUUGUCUUCAAUGGUGGUCGUAGACUUGGAUCUACUGGAAAGUUGUCUCGAAUGGUGGUCUUAGGCUUGGAUCAACUGGAGAAUCCUCUUCAAUGGUGGUCGUAGACUUGAUUCUAUUGGAUAGUUGCUACAGCCUUGUAAACCUUAAGAGACCGUUCAGUGAUGGAAAUAUUUUCGAGAAGUCUUGGAUCACUGGUGGCAAGAGGUGCUGUGGAAUAUUCUAGUAUCAACUUUAUACUCAAUCUUUGGUGUAUCCAGGACUAAGGUCUACAUGAGAGAUGGGGCAGUGAACUGUCUGGAUGCUGGACAGUACAGUAAUGGAGGCCACUUGUUUUUGAGGACCAUCGGGGUCAAUAGUAAACUUGCACCUGCAUUCGCCCAUAUGCCGGCUAUAGUCUUGGGUCUAUUAGAGGAGAACGUUGUGUCAUUACUGUAAUGUCCUCCACAUCCCCCACCACAUCAUGACUGGACCUGGAACCAAAGCACUUACCCUGGAGCUCCGUGGAAAAUGUGGCCCCUGGUACUCUCUGUGGCAAUAAUAUAUAUAGGUGACUGGUUUUGAUGUAAGUUUCCUUUUUUACCAGGUUUUUGACUUAUAAAAGGGAAGUAAAAAGUGACAGAAAAUAUUUGGAGCCGCAUAUGAAAUUGUGCAGCUGUUUUUAUACUUCGGGGGACGUGCCAUAAGCCAUACGGGAAGCAAAUAUUUUUGUACAUUUGGCUUCAGAGUUUUCUGUAGGGAAGAUUGACAGGAAACAGGGAAAUUCUGGUAAUAUUUUAUCUUCUAUAUAAGACUUGCAGGGCGAGGUGUCUGAGAUGGCGGCUUCCUCUUCUAUACAGUAAAGCUGCACACCAGGAGGAGGCCAGAGAGAAAAGUGCUGGAGGCAGGGUUACCCCAUAAGAAAGAUUGGAUACAUUUAUAUAAUCCAAGACCUCAAUAUAGGAAAUGAUACAAUGUAUAACAUGUCACACAACACAUACAGUAUAAAUACACAACACAUACAGUAUAAAUACACAACACAUACAGUAUACAUACACAAC